AUUUGUUUUUAUGAACAAACACAACUCCAACACAACGCCACAAGUGUACUUGUAGUAAUAAUUAUGGAUUGGACAAGAGUCUUUUGAGAAAAUCUUUGCAUUUUCUAGGAUUUUCUUUUGAAUUAAUUUCAACCGUAACCGUUUGCCAUCAAUUCUAUCCGCAUUUCAGCUUGGUGAAGCUCAACAAUGGCUGCCUUCAACAUCAUAUCUCAGCCACCAACUUCUUCAUUCCUUAAUUUUAAAAUUAAGAAUUCUCUUGAUAAUGGAACUCUCUAUUGUAAAUUACCAUCGUCUUCUUCUUCAUCUUCUCUUUAUGUCCCCAAUAAGCCAACUUUGUCUUCGGUGGAUAAGCAGCUCUCCCAAUCCGGGACUACUGCAGGCACUGGAUGUUCAUGGAUGCAAGGAAGUUCCACAUGUCUCAAUGCCGCUGCUGGCAAUGAAAGGCGACGGAGCCUGGUAUAUUCUAUGCUUCCCACGAAGCCUGCACAAGUCUCUUCUGUGCAAGACCUUUAUGAGUUUAUAUGCUCAGGUCCCUUGCUAGAAAAAAUGGGUUUUACACCAGACUCAAUAGCUGAGUCCGUUGACAAGUGGUUGGCUUAUGGUUUGCACUUGUGUCGACUAUUUCAGCUCAGUGAAUUUGAACUUAAUUAUAAUCAGAAAGUGAGGUUCUAUCACUAUUAUAUACCUGUGUUUUUAUGGUGUGAAGAUCAGAUUUCCCAACACAUGUCCGGGUUUAAGGAGGGAGAAGAUAUACCUCCUUUAGUGAUUGGUUUCAGUGCACCACAAGGUUGUGGAAAGACAACACUCGUUUUUGCUCUUGAUUAUCUUUUUAAAAUUACUGGCAGGAAAUCUGCCACAAUAUCCAUUGACGACUUUUAUUUGACAGCAGAGGGCCAGGCUAAACUAAGGGAAGGGAAUCCUGGAAAUGCGCUUCUAGAGUAUCGUGGAAAUGCUGGCAGCCAUGAUCUUCCGUUCUCUGUUGAAACAUUGACGGCUCUAAAAAAAUUGAGCAAAGAAGGUACAAAGAUGAAGUUGCCCAGAUAUGACAAGUCUGCAUAUAGUGGGAAGGGGGACAGAGCUGAUCCUUCAACAUGGCCAGAGGUUGAGGGGCCACUUUCGGUUAUCCUGUUUGAAGGCUGGAUGCUUGGUUUCAAGCCUGUUCCAAUGGAAGUUGUGAGGGCUGUCGAUCCUCAGCUGGAGACAGUGAACAAAAAUCUUGAAGCUUAUUAUGAUGCAUGGGACAAAUUCGUAGGGGCAUGGAUUGUUAUUAAGAUUAAAGAUCCAACUUGUGUCUACCAGUGGCGUUUGCAGGCAGAGAUUGCCAUGAGGGAUGCAGGAAAACCAGGAAUGUCUGACGAAGAGGUUAAAGAUUUUGUUUCACGGUAUCUUCCAGCAUACUAUGCUUAUCUUCCCACCCUUUACUCUGAAGGACCAAGUGGAUCAGAUCCAAAACGUUACCUCCUCAUUGAAAUUGAUGAAGGGAGAAACCCUAUCCUUAGCAACUAAUACAUGAUGAUGCAUAACUUCAAAUCAAGAUUACCCUGAAGCCAAUUUUUUAUUUUCUGCUGAUGAAGUUUGCAGGAGAGGCUGGUGUUGAAGAGGGAAUAAAUAUGAAAUCUCCUCUCAGUUGAAGAAUGAACCCAGCAUACUUUUGUUCUUUUAGACAUUUAUUUUACAAUUGUGCAGGAAGCUCGUAUCAUAGUUUGCAUUUCACUUUGAAAAACUCCAAGUAAUUGAGGAGCUUCAACCAAGACGUGGAAGCUCCUCAAGUAGUUCUUGAAGAAAAAAGUCUAGAUGAGAAAAAUCUGGGUUCUGUAUUCUUCAAUCCGAUGGGUCAAAUUUCCCAAUUGAAGUUCAUUGUGGGGAAAGUUUCUGUAAAUGUACCGCGUAAGAGAAUGGAAAUGAUAUAUAUAUUGUUAUA